CUGCCGCCGCCGGUAAUAUGGAGCCGGCGUGAAAGUUUUCAGAGAAAAGCAAAAAAGGAAGGAAAUCGGAGAAAGAAAUGGCGGACCCUGCGCUCCACCACGAGACCCGACCCAUAAACCAGAUCGCCGUGGACUACACGCCGGAGGCGUGCACCCACUGCCCGGAGACCAAUUCCAUCACCCUGACCUACGACCACCGCGGCGGCGCGCGGUGGCGGAGCACCAGCCGCUUCCUCUACGGCACAUUCAGCUCCCGGAUCCAGUGCCCAAAGGGGAACACCAGCGGCCUCAACUUCAACAUCUACCUCUCUUCCCUGGAAGGAGACAAAUCCCAGGACGAGAUCGACUUCGAGUUCGUCGGAAAGGACAAGACCGUCGUCCAGACCAACUACUACACCGCCGGGACUGGGAACAGGGAGCAAAUCCACGAUCUAGGGUUCGAUUGCUCGGAUGGGUUUCACGAGUAUAUCAUCAAAUGGUACCCGGAUUGGAUCGAGUGGGUGAUUGAUGGUAAAGUUGUGAGGAAAGAAGAGAAGGAUAAAGGCCAAGGUGAGUCGUCUGAUUCGAAUUGUUUCCCUGGAAAGCCGAUGUAUCUGUAUGCGUCGGUGUGGGAUGCUAGCUACAUCGAUGAAGGGAGGUGGACUGGGACUUACCAUGGCGGCGACGCCCCUUAUGUUUGCCACUAUAAGGACAUUCAUGUCCCAGUCGGUACUGAAAUGGUGGAGGAGGAGUCUUGACUCUUGGUGACAUUCGAGUCUUCCCCUGCCCUCCCCUGUUUUUUUUUUUUUGGCAUUUGGUGUUUUGGGGUUAAUUCUGUUAAACCAUUUUGAUUUUGCUCUAUGGAUGAUGAUCUGCUUAUCUUGUGCUGCUACAACGAGCUGAUUUCGGAUUUUCGGUCGAACAAUCUGGGCUGAAUUGCUUCCUAUUUGGGUUCCCUGAGUUUCAAUCAGACUAGUUGCAGUCACAGUUUGAUGAAUUGUGUUUGUCUUUUGAUCCAUUUGUUAAAAGCAUUUUGAUCCAUUUGAUGAAGUGGGAGGCUUUCCGCCACCAUUGGUGUUUCAUGGUUAGUGAUUCAUUUGACAAUGGUCAGCACCUCGCAAAGGGCUGGGGCAGCUUGUCAAGAUCAAAGAUGGCCGCAGUCUCGCAAAGAAAGUAUUUUUCUUUCUUGAUGAUCUAGAUCAUUUGUAACACUGCUCUAUCAAAGUAGAUAGAUCAAGAUGUGCCAGCGAGGCUGACGAUCCUCGAAGAACACCGAGUUGCGGAGAUCUCUAAGCCCUCGAGAGCGGGGGCAAGUCACUCGAGGUCGAGGAGGAAAAACGAGGAUGUCGACGAGUCUGAUCCAACACAUGCUCGAGGAAAAUAAGGAAAUAAUAGUCAC